AUGAGUUCCGACGAUGAGUUUCAACAAUUGGUGGAUAGGGAGUUCGAUGAACUCGUUCAAGAGGUGCAGCGGGAAGCAGACGAGGAGAAGGAGGCGGCGGCGGCGGUGGCGGCGUUCGUUCGCCCGUUCUAUCAUCGGCAGACCAUCUGCCAUGACCAUGUCGGGGCCGACCAGCGGUUGAUGGAAGACUACUUUGGCGAUAGCCCCCGUUACCCGGCAGAGAUUUUCCGUCACCGAUUCAGAAUGUCGCAACAGUUAUUCAUCCGUAUAGCGACUACAUUGGCGCAGCGAUACUCGUGUUACACACUACGCAGUGAUGCUAGUGGCCGACUCGGGUUGUCGACAUAUCAGAAGUGUACCGCUGCAAUUAGGCAGCUUGCCUAUGCCGGUCCCGCUGAUAUGUUCGACGAAUACCUACAGUUGGGUGAAACAACUGGCCUAACGACGCUGAGACAGUUUUGUAAUGGUAUCCAGGACAUCUUCGGUCCGGAGUAUCUACGGAAGCCAAAUACCGAUGAGUGCCAGAGAUUGAUAGAUAUGCACAGGAGAGUGCAUAAUUUUCCGGGGAUAUUAGACAGCAUCGAUUGCAUGCACUGA